CAUCGCUAUAUAGUCCGGGCGCGAAGCGGUCCCCGCUUUAGACAGACCAAGAGAAGUCAGAAUGGAAAGGACUCACAGAAUCUUCGUGCUGUGUCUUGUGGUCUUCGGGUGUGCAGCUCUCCAACUGCCGGACUACAUGAAGCCAUGCUCCAGAAGCGAUCCGAACUUCAACGCAUGCGCCCUUCAGCAAGGCCGGGAGGCGAUGUCACGCAUGGUCCAAGGAGACGACAAGUACGGCGUGCCUGUGCUGGACCCGUUGCUGAUCCGGAAGUUAACCACGACCUACAACGGAUUCACAGCGACCACCAGGAACUCCACCGUUGUCGGGGUGAAGGGCGUCGUGAUAGAAGACAUCAGCUUUGACUUCGACAAGCAGCUCGUCAGGGUGGCCUUUAUGUUCCCAACUCUCCAAUUCAACGGGCUGUACGAAAUGUCCGGCAAACUGGCGGGUCUGCCCAUAAGUGGGAAAGGCGAUUAUGAUCUCUUCUUGAGUGGCCUCAGCGGUAACUACUCCACUAACUACACACUGGCCCGGCUGCGGGACGGCCAGCUCCACGCCAUGCCGCAAAGUUACGCCGUCGACUUCGACAUACGCGGAUUGAAGGUCCAUUUCGGAAACCUGUUCAAGGGCAACAGGUUGCUAGGCAAUAGCAUCAAUGACUUCAUAAACGAAAACUGGCGCCUGGUCGUGGAGGAACUUGGCAAACCUGUGCUCACAUCCUUGGGGAGUAUUGUACACGAGGUCCUUCUGAACCUGGCCGAGAAAAUACCUUACGAUGAACUGUUUGCUGCGUGACACGUGCGCUACGCAUGCGCAACCCUAAGGCUGAGACUACAAUGUUGUUACGGAAUCCGACAAUAUCCACACUUUCCCUUCAGUGUUCUGCAGAGGGUCAAAUAGUGAACAAACAAGCAUUUGUUUCUAUGCGAGGCCUGAUGCUCCGCUGCCGGUGACUAUGAACAGUGUUACCUUCCGCCGUGUGGUCUGGUAGACCUUGCUGAUGCUUCUCUGGCUUACACUUCAGACCUCUGAAACGGAGGUACCAGACUACACGGAGUAACAAUCUUAUUCGCUUACAGUUCGUGGAUCCGGCUGGAAUUUGCUUUCCGAUUUCUUAAAAUAUAAUUUAUUCCAAUGUUUACACCAGAUUCAUUUCCCUGCGCGUAAGACAUUCCUCACCAUGUACCCGUGUUGGUACACCUGCUUACAUAACAUUUGCAUAUCGCUAGGUUAGCCGUCGUCACAAUAAAGUGACUAUAAUCAGUCAGCAUUUUGCAACUGAAUAUUUAUUUCCUGCUACAUGUUUCGGUUUCACAGAACCAUCAUCGGGCAGUGACACAAGGAUACAUCUAGGGUCAUUGAAUUGCUAAUAUGAAUCCAUAUUGGUGCAAAGUAUGGUACAGAAUUGUUGCCUCAAAUUAAAUAUAAGUAUUGAAAUUAAAUUAUAAAAAUAUCAAGGAUAUAUUAAAGAUAUAUUACACAAGUAUGCUGACUUUGUAUUAUAGGUAUAGAAGGUACUGAAAAAUAUAUUAAAAUUAUUAAAAAUGUGUAUGAAGAGUUUCAAAGUUGCAGUGCUACGGCUCCGUGUUGUUAAGUGUCACAGUGUCCAAGGGUCUGAUGUAUAAGUGUAUAACAUUUUCCGAGCAUUCCGAAUGUCUGCCUGUAAGUGAGUUCCAGAAUUGUGUUCUAAGGUCCCCACUAUGCAGGUGAGAGACGACGGUUGCCGCGUCGCGACGCACAGAGACGCUAGUUAGGCUCUCAGCGAUAAUGGUUUCCACGGAGAGGAUCACACGUGCAAGAAUGGGCGCUUAGUAGCUAGACGUGGAGAUAACCCUACCCAAUUCCACUUGUCCCUUAAUUGAGGCAUUGAAAGAAGCUUUGUCGAUAAACUUCUGCCCGCCAAACAUAAUGCCGGACAGGCUACCAGUAUUGGGCGCGGCCGUGAACCUUUUCCAAUAUUGGAGGCUUGGGGUCUAUGACCUCGAGCUGCCUGGAUGCAACGAAAGGAGACUCGAUGGAGAGAAGUGAGUUGCGGUUACAGCUGAACACAACCGCCUCUGUGGUCCAGUGGUCAGAGUUCCUGGCUACGGAUCCAGAGAUACGGGUUCCAUUCCCGGCGCUA